CGGAAGUCUCGUCACGCCGUUCGCGCGAGCCCGUCUCGUGCGCUGCCCCUCGUGUCUGGCCGCCAGCAUGGCGCACUACAACUUCAAGAAGAUCACUGUGGUGCCCUCCGCCAAGGACUUUAUUGAUCUGACAUUAUCGAAGACUCAACGAAAGACUCCAACAGUUAUUCAUAAGCAUUACCAAAUUCAUCGCAUUAGGCACUUUUACAUGAGAAAAGUCAAAUUUACUCAACAGAAUUACCAUGACAGACUUUCUCAGAUUCUGACAGAUUUCCCUAAAUUGGAUGAUAUCCAUCCGUUUUAUGCUGAUUUGAUGAAUAUUCUCUAUGACAAGGAUCAUUACAAGUUGGCUCUAGGACAAAUAAAUAUUGCCAAAAAUUUAGUGGACAAUGUUGCUAAAGAUUACGUGCGGCUUAUGAAAUAUGGUGACUCUCUCUACCGCUGUAAGCAGCUGAAGCGCGCUGCCCUUGGGCGAAUGUGCACUGUUAUCAAAAGACAGAAGCAGAGUUUGGAAUAUUUGGAACAAGUGCGUCAGCAUCUGUCCCGUCUACCAACUAUUGAUCCGAAUACAAGGACCCUUCUUCUGUGUGGGUACCCAAACGUUGGCAAGUCCAGCUUCAUCAAUAAGGUGACAAGAGCUGAUGUGGAUGUGCAGCCAUAUGCAUUUACAACCAAGUCUCUGUUUGUUGGGCACAUGGAUUAUAAGUAUCUACGCUGGCAGGUUGUAGAUACUCCUGGGAUUUUGGAUCACCCUUUGGAGGAUCGGAAUACCAUUGAAAUGCAGGCCAUCACGGCCUUGGCCCAUCUGCGCUCUGCGAUUUUGUACGUGAUGGACUUGUCUGAGCAAUGUGGGCAUGGGUUGAAGGAGCAGGUGGAGCUUUUCCAGAACAUCAGACCACUGUUUAUCAACAAGCCCCUGAUAGUUGUAGCAAACAAGUGUGAUGUGAGGAGAAUAGCUGAACUUCCUGAAGAUGAUCAGAAAAUAUUUACAGAUUUGCAGGCAGAAGGUUUUCCUGUGGUGGAGACCAGCACCCUGACUGAGGAAGGUGUGAUGAAGGUGAAAACAGAGGCUUGUGACAGGCUUUUGGCUCAUCGAGUUGAAACCAAACUGAAAGGCAACAAAGUGAAUGAGGUGCUGAACAGACUUCAUUUGGCUGUGCCAAACAAGAGAGAUGACAAGGAGAGGCCUCCUUUCAUCCCAGAAGGAGUGGUGGCACGAAAGAAGAGAAUGGAAGUUGAAGAGCCUAAAAGGAAAAAGGAGCGAGAUAUUGAGCUGGAAAUGGGAGAUGAUUACAUUUUGGAUCUUCAAAAGUACUGGAAUAUAAUGAAUUCAUAUGAAAAGUAUGAUAAGAUACCCGAGAUCUGGGAAGGACACAAUAUAGCUGAUUAUAUUGAUCCUGACAUCAUGAAGAAAUUGGAGGAGUUAGAAAAAGAGGAAGAGCUAAGAACAGCUGCUGGAGAGUAUGACAGUGAAUCUGAAAGUGAAGAUGAAGAAAUGGCAGAGAUCCGACAGCUGGCAAAACAAAUCAGAGAGAAAAAGAAGUUGAAAAUUUUGCAAUCCAAAGAGAAGAAUACACAGGGACCUAGAAUGCCUCGAACUGCUAAGAAGGUUCAGCGGAAUGACUUGGAGAACGAGAUGCGCAGUCUCGGAGUUGACAUGGAUGACAAAGACAAUGCCCAUUAUGCUGUUCAGGCCAGAAGGUCUCGGAGUGUCACUAGGAAAAGGAAGCGGGAAGAUUCUGUCCCACCCUCUUCGGUGACUCGAAGUCGCAGUUGCUCUCGAACUCCCCGAGAUGUUUCUGGUCUUCGGGAUGUCAAGAUGGUGAAGAAAGCCAAAACUAUGAUGAAGAAUGCCCAGAAGAAGAUGAAUCGGUUGGGGAAGAAGGGAGAAGCAGACAGACAUGUAUUUGAUAUGAAACCUAAGCAUCUACUGUCUGGAAAGAGGAAAUCGGGUAAAAAGGACAGGAGAUAGUGUCCUUUGCUGUGAGAUGGUUUGGCUGGACUGUUUGUUUCUUGCUUUGGUGUGGUUUCCCAGAGCUCAAGUCAUGACCGUAAACUGAAAACUAUGGUGACAUAACUAAAGCACUUGUUGCUUUGCUGAAAACCGUAGUUAACCCUUAGCUAUACAGGUGUGGGAAAUAUUUGUAACUCCAUAAUAUUACAAAUAUUUUAUUACAAAUAUUUGGGGUAGAUUGUUGUUUCUGCAUUUAAUGAAUUUUUAUUGCUUCAGAUUUGCAGAACUGCAACGAUGUAUUGAUGUGUCUAUGUUGUGUUUAAUGGAGAAAAUUUCUAAUUUUUUUGUGCAAGAGGGAUUAUUCACUGUAUCUGAAGAGCCUUUUGGGGGGAAAAAAAGAUACCCCCACUUGUGGUUGUAUGCAGAUGGCUACCAACCUUCUGGUAAACUUUGGUAUAUGUGAGUUUAUGGGUCUGAACUAAAUUAUUUUCUUGUCUUUUUGUAUGAUAUGCCAUGGUAAUCUGUCUCCAACUAUUUUAUCCAGUAUAAAUUUCUAAAAGAAAGUAGCUUCAAGGGCCUUCCUGGUGGUGCAGGCUGUUGAGCACAGUGCUGUGAAGCUAACUGCAGCCUCUGCAGGGCGGGUUCAAUUGCAGCCGGCGACGGAGAUACCCACAUGGCGUGGCAGACCUCUCCUGUCUUGCCCGCUGCUCCCCUCAGCAGGGCAUUUCAGUCAGUCUACCUGCUAUGUUCCCCACUCUGUCUGGUGAAUCUGCUUACCCUCCCGCACAUCUGGCCUGUACCCUGGUUCUUGUAUAAAUCAAUCUUUAAAAAGAAAGUAGCUUUAAUUUAUCUACUCUUUUAUUCUUUAUUUUGGGGGGAGGGUUAGUUACAAAUCAGUUUGACCAAAAUGAAAGGGAAAAAUAUAAAUGAUUAUUUUUUUGUUUUCAAAGCAUUCUACUUGAUUUGUGGACUAAAAUGUUGUCUAAGCCUUUAUAGCACUUAAGUGUGCUAUAGUACAUUGCUGAAAAUUACCUGUGUUAAUGAAAUAUAAACACACCCAAUACAACUACAGAAGUACUUCCUGGGAGCCUGUAUCUAUUUAUUUUAAGUGAAGAUAAUUGUGAGGUAUAUGUCAUCUCAGUACCCCCCCCCCAAUGUAGACUGUCACAAACUAAUAUGUUAGAACCUGAUGUUCUUAAGCAUCUCUUGAGCACAGAAGGUACCAUUAUUACCACUGAUAUUCUGUGAAGUUUCACAUGAAGAUGCCUCUCCUUGGCAAGUCCCCUUUGCUGACUCUUGGAACGCUUUUAAAGUACAUCUGUGUGUCUGUCUUCUAGUGUUUUGCAAUAUAAUUUGAAGCUUUCCUUUGUACACAUUGCGUGUUUAACAGGUUGUGGUGCAUUUGGAAUAUAAAGCAAGAUUUUAUAUAUAUUGGAAAAGGUUGUCUUAGGAGAGAUUCACACUUGAGUGAUGUCAGGGAAGAUUACAGGAAGCACCAGGAAUCCAUCGCUACCGAGAUUACAGUUCCCUGGCAGAAUGUGUCUGCUGUAACUUUUAAGAACUCUGAAGUCUCUUUGAAGGCUUGCAUCUGCCAGGGAAAAGCUUGACUGGUAGUCACACUUAAUUCCGGUCAGUUUUAGCCCUGCCUGUUGGGCUCUACUAGCCCCACCCCCAAGCCCUGUGCAGUUACUGUGCCUACAUUCCUGGAGCCAUUUGUGGGGAUCUGGGCACUAGGACAUAUUCCAAAUACUGGGGUUGUGAUUUGAUUGUUGCAUCUUUCGGCAAGAGUAUAGACAAUGGACCCCCCCCACCUGCUGGAUCAGAUUUCAGAAAUUUAGAGGAGCAGUGCCUGUUUUAGUUUCCUUUGUAUUUUUUCCCUUUUGACCCUGUUUAUGUGACCAGAUAUUGCAAGAUUAGGAAGCCAGCCGACAGGGACCCCGGAGGCUGGCGGGCUGCCUGCCUGCCCAUGGGGAGACCCACCACCGGACCCCGGGGAUGGGAUUUGCCAGCCUGUUUCCCUCAGCCAAAGGAAAGUGGUUGAAUUUGUGGACAAACAGGGCAGCAGACUCCACCGUCCUGCUCUUGGGCAGAGGGCAGGGGUCUUUAUGCAAAGGGGGAGAUGAGGGAUGGUCCACAACGGGGAAGGAGGAGGGGUCAGCACUGGAUGGGUGAGCUCCAGGUUGCUUUUCUCAACUCCUUGGAAUGGGAGUCCACAACGGGGAAGGAGGAGGGGUCAGCACUGGAUGGGUGAGCUCCAGGUUGCUUUUCUCAACUCCUUGGAAUGGGAGAAGACAAACCUGCCAGACAAGGGGGGAAUUGCAAGAGAUGGGGGAGACCAACUUGUUCAUUGCUAUGAGAGACCGGUCACUUGUAACUGCAUCAGAUGUGCUCCAGCAGUUCAAACCAAAACAUCAGAUUCAUAAUAAAACGCUUCUUUAGUUACAUGUUUAUUUUUUAAG